AUGGGCCCUCCCCGCAGAAAGAUGCUGGCCACAGCAGAGGAGACUUUGACUCCUCCCGACGAGCUGUCUGGAACCCAGCAGAUCGUGCGGGCAAUCAAAGCGACCGGAAACAACAUCUACUUGAUCGAACAGCCAGACAAGAAGCAAAUGCUUGUUGAAUUGCCCGCCCGGUUCCGCUCGACUAUCUGGAUCAAACGCAGCUCGUAUGUUGUGAUCGACACCAAGGGCCAGGAGGAGCGAGAUAAUAAAAUUCGCGGAGAGAUCGUCAAUGUGGUCCGGGACGAAAAGGCCUGGAGAAAGGCUCCAUUCUGGCCCACAGAAUUCGUGAAGCAACCCGUUGUGCUUGUCGGCUCGGACGAUGAGGAAGAGGAGUCUCGCGUGGGCCAAAUGCCUUCUUCAGACGAGUCAGACUGA